CCGCGCAGUUAGCGCCUAAGAACUCACAAAGGCGGUGGUAUAAUUGUCAAGACUGGCGUCUGAAAGUUUUGUGUUGUUGUGUAUCUGUUUACUUUCGAGUUGAAAUAGUUUAUUCUAUUCCUGGAUCCAUCGCAGGAAUUUAUGUGCGUUUAGUUUUAUUAGAAAGAACAUUGCCUGGGAAAAAUAGUAUUUUUAAAUGACGCGUUGAAGAUCUUGGUCUCUGACGUUUUUUAAACUCAACCAGCUGAUCGACCUUGAACUCAUCCCCUCAGCUUGUACAUACUACAUAUAUUCAGCUGUUAUGAAGAUUCAGUACAUUGGCAGUUAACCCUGUGUAGGUUUCAAGUCAACAGUACAAAAACAUUUAGUGAGUAAAUAGGAUUUGUUGUCAGAUUUCGAUUAUAUCGUAGCGAAUCAUACAACAUGGAGUAACAAAGAAUAAUACGUACAGAUACGACGUAAUGAAGAAUGGAACAUAGCUGUUAAAGAGAGUGUUUAUUUUACAGUCCAUUGAUAGUGAGGGAGAUACACUGAUUGUGUACGACAGUUCACCAUGGGAGGUGCUGUAAGUGCUGGAGAAGACAAUGAUGAUUUAAUAGAUAACUUGCUAGAAGCUGACUACAUCAAAAGUUCAGAUGUCGAACGAGUUUUUCGAGCCGUUGAUCGUGCACAUUACUUCACACCAGAUUUUCAGGACACAGCAUACAAAGACGUUGCUUGGAAAAAAGGAAAUCUACAUUUGUCUGCUCCCUGCAUAUACAGCGAAGUGAUGGAAAGUUUGCGUCUUGCCCCCGGUUUGAGUUUCCUUAAUCUUGGUUCGGGAACUGGCUAUUUAAGCACAAUGGCAGGCUUGAUUUUAGGGCCGUAUGGUGUAAAUCAUGGAAUAGAAAUUCAUGAGGAUGUAUUGGCGUAUGCCUGUGUGAAAUUGGAAGAAUUUAAAAGAAUUUCUCCUGCACUUGAUGAAUACGAAUUUUGUGAACCAAAGUUCGUGAAUGGAAACUGUCUGAAUCUGGGUUCAGAUGUGCGGCAGUAUGACAGGGUUUACUGUGGAGCAGGAUGCCCAGAAAACCAUGAGAAUUACAUGAAAAACCUCAUUAAGGUCGGAGGCAUACUAGUAAUGCCAUUGAAUGAGCAGCUUCUCCAGAUUUCUCGCACUUCAGACACAACUUGGGAUGUGAAAUCAGUACUUCCUGUGUCAUUUGCAUCACUUUUGGUACCUGAUCAAAAAGGGUUCAACCACCAAGUAACUCUACCUGAUACAGCGCCACCAAGCUUGCAGGAAGCAUGUCGAGUAGUAUUACGACGGGAGCUACGCCGACUGGUGGAAGCAGAAUUACCACCUCCACCACCACCAGCUCCUCGCCGUCCUCGAUCGAGAGCCUCUGGUUUACGCAGGCAUACAUUUGGGCAGUUAAUGCUUCCAUUGCUUGAUGGAUCAGUAGAGGAACUGCGACCUGUGGCAGGUGUUGUGCGUCUGCCUGCUCCACCAUCUGGUUUCAGGAGUGGGGGACGAGGUGGAAAACGCCGCAAAUCUGACUCGGGCCUCGGAGAUGAGGAGGACGCUGACAUUGAAAUUUCAGGUGAUUCACCUUCAGGGGAAGAAAUGGCAUCUGGUUCUGACCUGUCUGAUGCAGAUGGAGAUGACUCACCACCGCCCCCACGUCGCCGUACUCCAGCUACAGUACGAACUCCACCUGGUGCAGCUUAUGCUGCAGGUAUGCGUGCCAAGAUCCUUCAGUUGCCACUCCCUCCUACUCUAAAGAGUUUUCUGAACCUGAACAGGGACUUCUAAUAGAGUGAAAGUCCUCUUUUACAUUGGUGAAUUUCUUUUAUUAUGUGGAGAUUGUUGUUUACAUGCCCUUCUACACUGAAAUAAGAUCAAUUUAUAAAUUAUUUUGGUUUCCUUUGCUUUUCAUUAAUUUCUGAGGCUUUCGGUUGUUUUGUGUAUAAAUUAAAGGUAUAUGCCAAAAUAAACGCAGUGGCCAAUAACAUGGUGCCUGAAAUUUUACUUUCUGUUAGAUUGAAACAAAGUACCAGUAAAAUUUUCAUUAUUAUGAUUACACGAGGAGUAUGUCAUAGCCUUGAUCUCAUUGACAGAUUUUAUAUAGUAUACCUGGGUAGGAAGCAGUGACUCUCGUUACAUAUCCUGCCAAGCACUGUAUGAAUUUGCUCCAAAAGAUGCUUACAGCUUACUCUAAUAACACAUGAGUGGAAUUCCAGUCCUCUAAUCAGAUUCUGCCAUGGAAUUUGACUGUAUCAUAGUAGCUGUUAUUUUAUAGAUGGAAAAUUAAGAUAUUCUAGAGUUCUCAAUACUCUGGUGUUUGUUUAAUGUGUUUUUACCCCAUUUCUUGUGAAGUUACCUUCAGUAGUAGCCAUUUCUAAAUGAGAUAGUACAAUGGUCAUUAAUAUGCAGCUUAUUUAUAGCUAAGCCUAUAGUUAUCAAUUCAUUUGAUAAGUUUGUUUCUUCUAGCUUCCAGUUUCAUGUGCUCCUAUUUACACUUGACUGGCCAGCUAAACUUUCAUUUCUAUGUGAUAUACUUCCCGGAAAAACAUAGGGCUGCUGAAAAGUGUCCAUAUUUAUUUUAUCUGUAGGUUCUUCAGAAAUUGUUACUUGUUGUUGUAAAUCUCUGUAUAGAUGUAGGAAAAGAGUUACAGAAAACUAUUCUGAGAAAGGGAGGAAUAAAAGUGGAAUUACAUGUGUAACUGACAAUACUGGAAAUACAAGAUACAGAUCAGAAGAAUUAACUUUAACACACAUUCUGAGAGUGACAAGGGGGGCUUUGAAAAGGAACAAGGACCAUGUCAUGACAGUUAUAAUAGUAGAAAAAUAUCUUUUGCGCAGUCAUUGUAUUACAUGUUGUGUGUGUGAUUUUAGUACUUGAUCACUUUUCUCUGGCUGCCUUCAUAUUCUGAUCAUUCUCAAUCAUUUUGUAUUAUUUUACAUGGGAACUGCUGGUUUGUAAAUGUAGCACAUUAUUACUUUCAGGCUUACAAGUGUUGUACAGGAUUUACUUGUGGUGUAACUUAAAAAUAAAUUUGGUGUAUUCCUGAUUAUUACUUGCUUGUUGAUGUAAAUACUUCAUGUUUUGUCCUUUCUGUUGUACUGCUUUCUUAUUGGAACAAAUCAGUUACUUUUUUAGAUUGUGAUGUAAGCCACUACCAGCUGUAUUAAUUGAAGACUGUUGGUAUUGUGUAAGUCCCAUAAAUCACUUGAUUAAAUUUCCCUGUAUAAAACCAAAAUAGACUCUGUUGUUCUUGGUAGUUCUGAAAUAUAGGAGGUACAUAAUGUGUAAUUAAGUAUCUUGCAAAAACAUUGUGUGUGUUCCAGUGUAACAUAUUUUCAUGAAAUAACUAUUUUUAGUUCUGUUACAGGCUUGCCCAAUUUUGCCAUAUAUGUACAAACCUAUAUGACAGACAGAUAUAUAAACUUGGUCCAGAGUUACUGAUUUCUCACACAGAAAAACCAAUUUUGUUAUAAAAGAUGUUUCUGUACUCUCCCUAUUAAUAAAAUUUUAAUUAUGUUGUACUUAAUUGCUUAUUAUGAUUCAAUGGAUUAACCUCCACCCAUUGAAGAGUGCUAAGUUUUGAAAGUUCCUAAGUUGUAAAAAUUCCUUAUAUGUAUGUCUAACAUGUCAUCAACCUUGUUAAAAAUCUAAAUGAUAAAUUGUGGUCUAUGAAAUACGAAUUGUGUAUUUUAGUGUAAAAUAUCAGUUUUGUUUGGAUAUAUUUUAUAUUUUGCUUAUGAACUUGUAUUUGUAGCAAUGUUAAUAAAUAUUUUAGACAUCAAA